CCUCGGUAUAUCAAUAAUUUAAUUUAUCGUUUUCAUUUUUGCCAGUUUUCUACAGUUUCCAAAAGUUUAACGAUUAAGUUACGAAUGUCACACUUUUGAAAAAACACGCGUGUAGUAGUUCGGCUUUUCUAGAGCUUGAAAGAUUGCGUAGGAGAGACUUUGAUCGCUUAUUUUUCUUAAAUUCACAUAGAAAAUGUACAAAUUAUAAUAAAGCGAUAAAAGAUGUUACCAGGAAAUUACGUUCGUGCUUAUAAGAAAUAAUACUUGUAUUAAUUUAUCUUCACUGAAGAUGUCAAACGAAAUAGAAACUAGUUUAGUGAUAAUUGUGUUGGAUGUAAAUCCAGUGCAAAGAAUUGUUAAACAAGAAACAAGGAUAUUAACGCAAUGUUUAGACUCUACUAUUGUUUUUGCUAAUGCUCAUUUAAUGCAGUCAUCUAAUAAUCAGUUGGCUAUGAUAGCCUGUCAUGGUCAUGGAGCAAAAUUUUUAUAUCCUUGUGAGAAAUCAGUAGAAAUUAGACAAAUUGAUGGACAAUAUGAGAAGUUCACUAUGGUUGAGCGUACUGUAAGACAGCAAUUGCAACAAGUUAUUAAUGAAAUUUCCAUGGACAAACCAUUAAAUGGAGAAAGUUUAAUAUCUGGAGCUUUGACCAUGGCCUUAUGUUAUAUUGCAAGGUUGGAAAGAGAGAAGAUUGCUGGUCAAAAAUUACAUUCAAGAAUUCUUACUAUCACAGCUAGUAAUGAUUCUGCCACACAAUAUAUGAACUACAUGAAUAUAUUUUUUACAGCUCAAAAAAUGGGAGUAAUAUUGGAUGUAUGUAGCUUAGAUCAAGAAUUAACCUUGCUUCAACAGGGUUGUGAUAUAACUGGUGGAAAUUAUUUGAAGGUUCCACAAUUAAGUGGAUUAUUACAAUAUUUAUUGUGGAUAUUUCUACCAGAUCCAAAUAUUAGAUCAAAGUUAGUGUUACCACCACCUGUAAAAGUGGAUUACAGAGCAGCAUGCUUUUGCCAUCAAGAACUUAUUGAUAUUGGCUAUGUAUGCUCUGUAUGUUUAUCAAUAUUUUGUAAAUUUAGUCCAAUAUGCACUACCUGUCACACAGUAUUCAAAAUGCCAGGGCCUAUGCCUAUAAAAAUGAAGAAGAAGAAAAAGAAUAUAGAUAUAGUCCAUUAAUUGUAUUUAGUAUAUCCUCCAGAAAUAAGUACUUUAUAUCUAAAUAUAUCUAUUUUCAUACUGUA